AUGGGCAUGGGCAUGAGCAUGGCUGCUGCUGGUGGUGGUGGCCUGCUCGGUGGGCCCAGCGACUCCCCGCUUGUCAGCUUGAAUCCCGCGCUCAAUUCGUUCGCGCCGACCGGCAGGGACCCUGCUGAGGACAGCGACCCGUUCGCCAUCUUCCGCAAGCCGAGCGCGUUUGCUGUGCUUGACGAUCCCUUCGCUGCCAUCGCUGCACCGACCUCGUCGACCAAGUUCGCUGCUGGCCCGCGGAUUCUCGGCGCUCGGACGGCGGCCGGUCUGUGCGCGCUGCACUGGGCUGCGCUGGGCGAGCAUGUGGAAGUACUUGAGUUCAUCCUGUCGUACUCGACCGAAGGGCCCAAUGCCAUCCCUGCCUCAGCAACUGCUGCUGCAACGGACAUGGGCAAUAGCAGCAGCAGCAGCAGCAACAACAACAACAGUGAUGCCUCAUCGAACGGUGCCAAGGUCGUCUCGUUGGUCGACACGGUCGAGCCGUGGAUGCUCGAACUCGCUCCCGAGCUUGCUGCAGCGUUCGCACAAGCCCCGCCGACGCAGGCAUCCGCGCCACAUCCCGGCCAUCGUGGUGCUGCCGCCGGUGGUGCUGCUGCUGCUGCCAACCCAUACGCAUUCAGCGUCGAUGAUCGCAUUCCGGAUGGAUCCACAGCGCUGCAUUUGGCCUGCAAAGGCGGCUCGGGCCCCAUCAUCCACAGUCUGCUCGUGCAUGGCGCCGACCCGUACCUGCUCGAUGGCAAAGGGUUUAACACGCUCCAUCUCGCGGCUCAGCGCGGCCACAUUGUCGUGACGCAAUUCCUGCUGCACAACGUUGCGCUCGAUGUCAACACCCGCGACAAGGAGGGUCGCACGCCGCUCAUGUGGGCCGUCUUCAACAAGGUGGACAUGGCCAUGGUGUCCAUGCUCAUGAAGGAAGGCGCCCAGGUGAACGCCACCGACAUGAACAACUCGACCGCGUUGCACCUGGCGGCGCGCUCGGGCAACAGUGCCGCAUGGCGCGCUCUGCUCGAGGCGAAGGCCACCAUGGGUCACGACUCGCGCAAAAUGACGCCGUUGCAGCGUGCAGAAGAGGCUGGCCAUGGCUCGCUGAUUGAGUACUAUGAGCAAAACCGCGCAGCCUCCUCCUCCAAGCGCAAGACCAUCCCCGAAGCCCGCAAAAAGCUCUACCAAAAGUAUGGCAGUGUGAUUGGCCUGCCAGUCGUGCUGUUCGUCGUGUCCGCUCUUCCCCUGUGGCAAGGCCUCAUCUUGCUGGCGUUGCUCGGCUUUCUCUUUGGACGCGUGUCGCCAAUGCUGCAGCUCGCGAACGGCGGUGGGCUCAACACGGGAUUGGUGUCGCUUGGCCACACUGCCUACUGGACGGCAGUGGUGCUCUAUUUCGCCAUUGGUGUCUACGACAAUGGCGUUGCCCUCCGCGUGCACGGCAUUUUUAUUGCGACUUGCGCCGUCCUGCUGUACUUUUGGUGGCGCGUCGUCACGACCGAUCCCGGUGUCAUCCAGCCAAAGACCCAUGGCGCAGACCCGAGCGACAGCCGGCGUCAGCUGUUGCGUCAACUCUUGGUCGAAAACGUCUCGGACCGGCAAUUCUGCGCCACCUGCUCGGUGCGCAAGCCUCUUCGUUCAAAGCACUGCGCCGUGUGCAACGUCUGUGUCGCACGGUUUGACCACCAUUGCCCGUGGAUUGGUGUGUGCGUGGGCGCCAAAAACCAUCGCUACUUUGUCCUGUUUGUCACGUUUUUGCUGGCAUGCACAAGCUGGUUUGUCUACAUGAUUGGCGCCUACACGCAGCAUCGGAUGGCGCAACUGCCUCCUGUCCAGCUGGAUUGGCACUGGCUUGUUCCCCCUGGUGUCGAGUUUUUGUGGCGCUCGUUCAACAUUGCACCCAGCCUGAUCUACUUUGCCGUCUUUACCAUGAUUUUUGUUGCCUUUGUGCUGACCGUCUGCGUCACGCAAUUCCGACAAAUCUUCAUGAACUUGACCACCAACGAGAUGGCCAACUUUGGCCGCUACGCGUACUUGCAGCGUGUCAAGUCGGCGCAAGAACUGACCGUUGAGCGUGCCAAGGCCACGGCCGAACUGCAGGCUGAGCGUCGCAAACAGGCUGCUGCCGACAAGAAGAAGCCAGUGGACGCCGAGGCCGCUGCCGCCGACGCCGACACUGCCGCUGCGGAAGCCGCAUCGAGCGUUGCCACUGUCGCCUACUUUAAUCCGUUUGACGCGGGUCCGCUUCGCAAUCUUCUCGAGUUCUUCGGUGCUGGAGGCAACGCAAAGUAUUCUUGGGAUGCUAUUUAUGAUGUUCCCGAGCACCUCAAGCCCCGCUUGACGGCUGGCGAGUUGUCCGUGAUCAUUGCUUGA